CUGCUGUUUUUCUCGUCUCUCUCUACCUCUCCAUCCUCGCUCUUAUCUAUCUUCUUCGAUCUUCUUUAAUGGCGUCCACCAGCACUUUAACUGCUCAGAUUUCGAAGUUGCACAGUAUCAAUGACCGGAAAGCCCCAUUAGCUUAUCCUCUAUCUCCUUCUGCAGGAAUUCUAGGAAAUAUGCAAAAUCUAUAUGAAACUGUUAAGACGGCACAGAUGGUUGUCCAAGUUGAAGCAGUGCGUGUACAGAAAGAACUUGCUGCAGCAGAGUUUGAUGGUUACUGUGAAGGUCAACUAAUUAAGGUUACACUUUCUGGAAACCAGCAACCUUUACGCAUUGAGAUUACUGAGGCUGCAAUGGAGCUAGGACCAGAAAAGCUUUCGCUCUUAGUUACGGAGGCAUACAAGGAUGCACACCAGAAGAGUGUUCUGGCUAUGAAGGACAGGAUGAGUAAUCUUGCACAGAGUUUAGGAAUGCCUCAAGGCCUCAGUGAGGGAUUGAAGUGAAGAUCGUAUUCCAUGAUGCUGGUGAGAGCAAGCUUCAAUUUUGUAUACUAGUUCUGCUGAGGUGGUCAUUUACAAUGUAUCCAUGCCAUCAGAAUCUCGUCAAAAUUUACUCAAGGUUAUUGGAAUGGUAGUAGAAUGAGAGCCUGUAAUCUUGUCCUUGUUACUUUAAUAACCAAGGCUAUCUAUUCCUUGAGCAACCUGUUGCUAAUAUCUAGAUUACAUGAUA